GGCACAUCGAAAAGCUGUAUUGGACUUUUGCGGAGGAAAUACUGCGGGGUGAUUGAGUUUUAAGUAAAGUUGGUUGAUUCUCAACUGUAUUUACAAUAAAGUUAAAGCAAAAAAAAUUUACUUUGGGUGUUUUCUUCUCAGUAUAUAUAUUUAAACAAUAAAUCUUUAAAUAUAUUCUUAAGUGAAAAGUGAAUUUAAGCAAUUUUGAAUAAUGUUCGCUGUGCAUAUGUGAAAAAGAUGGAAAUGAGAAGAUAUAGCAAAAGUAAAUGAAAAUAGAAAAAAAAAAUUAUCAAUUUAACAACAGUUGGCAAACAGUUUGAUAACCAUUGCUGGUGUGUUAGACAUUGGCUGAGCAGUUGUUGUUUGUUUUGUUGGCUCUAGAUGCUUUAUAUAUAUUUUGUAAAGAAAAACGGGCAAGGUUUUUGCGAGUAUCGUGCCUAUAUUAUCAACAAAUUAUUAAGUGAUUAUUGAAGUGUUGAACAGCAGAAGGCCAGCAAAUUUCUUUUUGGAACUAAAAGUUAACGUUAACAAUUUUGUCAAUUGUAAAUAAUGGAAACAUUACUCAAAUGGUUAAAUAAGCCCAAGGCGGAUGAUAAAUCUUUACUAGCGCGAUUUUUUCAUGCCGAUAGAGCGUUGGCUCAAGUGGCAAACGAGUUGGAUAGUUUCGAUGGCCGCACAGAACCUGAUCGUUGCUCCCGUUUAGUUACACGUUUACGUCAAGGGCAAGAUAAGGUAUUGGCCAUUACGGAUCUUAUAAUUGAGGAGCUAUUGGGAGAUGAGCGUGAAUCACGUGCUUUUCGUGCUAAAUUUCCCGAAGAAGUUCUACAGGAAAAUCUAGCUGGCCAAUUAUGGUUUGGUGCCGAAUGCUUAGCUGCCGGUUCAUCAAUAAUGAAUCGGGAACAGGAAAGUAAAGAAAUGCGUCCGUUAGCCGAGGCGGUAACGCGCAGUCUCAAUAACGUACGCUACCUUUUACGCGAUCAGUGUUUACGCAACAAUGUUCCUAAUAGUGAACGGCUGCAUUUAGAUAAAAAUGACGCUGCGACAGAGCAAUUAUUCGAGAGUUUAAAAAUUUUUGAUCGUCUUUUUGCCGAAUUUGAAUGGCGAUAUGUCAGCGCUAUGGUACAAGUGAAGUCCAAAGAUGAAUAUGAAAUGCAAGAGCUUAUAUGUGUACUUUGUUCCGAGACAUUGCAAAGAGCUUUAAAAGUGGGCUUAUUAGAUCAGGAGCAAGUUGACGCGUUUGAUCCUGCUCUAAUGUUUUCUAUACCACGUCUAGCUAUUGUAACCGGAUUAGUUAUAUAUCCAGAGGGACCGCUUAAUCUUGAUAUGCCGGCUGAACAAUUAUCGGAAAUGUUCAGACCGUUUCGUAGCAUUUUAAUCAAAGUUCGUGAAUAUUUAAAGAAUCUUAAUAAAAAAGAAUUGUAUCAUCUGGAACAUUUGCUUUGCACUAACGAGAAUAUAAGUUUGAAGAAUACUUUAGCAUCUAAUGAAGAAGUGGACAAUAAUAAUGGUGAAAGCAGUAGAAUUGAUCGAUUGACUGAUGGUUUGGCGGUAGAGCUGGGAGAUAUCGAAAGAGAAAAAAUCUCUACAUUUAAAUUACAAAAGUCAACUAGUAAAAUAGGUAACACGAAGGUGACGAAGAAAGCUAAUAGCCCUUCACCAGCACCGUCUACAUCCAGUUCGUCAGACGGUUCACAUUCUCGUUAUACAACGCCUUUGACUACUCCAUCCACCUCACCACGCGAUAAUCAUUCCUUGACUUCUUCGUUCAAUGACUAUAUCGGCCGGACCACACCUUCUGUAGAUAGUUGGACGGACGAUGAGGAUGGCGAAGAUCUUUUAAAAAAAGCAGAAAUUUUGUGCCAUCGCAAUGUCUAUGUAGGUGAUGAUCGCGAACAUGACGCUGGCGAUGACGCUGACGAUGAUGAUACAGAUUCAAAUAAAAGUGACGGGAAUCAUGAAGUCGAUGCUGAGGACGCGGAAGACUCGGACUCGGAUAUACAGGAAUUAGAUAACGUUGUGGAACAAAUAAGAAAUUUAGAAAUUCCUAAUACAUGUACAGCAGCUAAUUUAUUACAGCCGGAUGAAGUAUGUUUUUCAAAUAACUUUAUCGUCAACGAUGGCGGUGCAGAGCUUUUAUCAGCGCACGACAGUAAUGACAAUUUACCUUCAGAUGAAUUGCCUACUACUAGUGCAAAGGCGCUCCAAAUUUAUGACAAUGGUUCCUCUUCUUCAUCAUCUUCAACCACAACAACAACAACGGCAACAACAACGGCAAGCUUAUCGUCUCAAUGCUCUGAUGAACUUGUUCCUCCUUCAUCUCACAACGUCAAACUCGCUCCAAAUGUUAAUUCGAUGCAAUAUACCUGCAAACGUCAUCAUCACACUGCUUACGGUAAAGAGCAUCUCAGGUCUCAUCGUCAUCACCACCAUUACCGUCAGAAUCGUCAUCAUAAACAUCGUCAUUAUCCACAGAAUAGUCAACGAAACCAAAAAUAUUUCGCUGCCAGCGGAGGUGAUGUUUCGGAAAAUCUUGAACGUCGUCAUCACUAUCACCAUCACCAUCAUCAUCGCCGAUGCAGAAGUAAACAGGAUAAUAGGGGAAAUAAUGAAUGUGACGAUUGCUGUAGUGUAGGCAGCAAAUCGAAAGAAGAAAUUACGGUAACUGGACGGAGUGCUGCAGCAACCUCAGUACGAUUGGAUAUAGAUAGUCCUACAACAUCUUCUAGUGUACUUGAGAACAAUAAGUCCGCAAUAGUUGGUUUAAAGAAUGUAGGGCGCUUGAAAUUCAAGCAUACUGAAAAUCUACUGCAUCGAUUGUUUGUGUGUAUAGCCGGCGUAGCCGAUCAAUUACAAACUAAUUUUGCUUUCGAUCUUAGGCAGAUAUUACGUAGUGUGUUUUUAAUGAACAUGACGCCUACGGAGGAUGAUGAUGUUACCGAUAUACCGAAAAAGGCUAAAGAGAAUGAGCUCUUUGAAUUUCGCGCCUCCGAGAAUGAUGUUGUCCAAGAGAGUGCCGGUUCGAGUCAAAGUAUUUAUUCGGCUGAAGAAGUAAAUCCGGAAGAUGAUUCGCAGGUUAGCAGCAGUAGCAGCGGCAAUGAGGUCACAGCUUAUCGACACUCAACAGGCAGUACAGCAACUACAAAUACCUCAGUUGGCUCGCAAAAACAUCCCGAUUCGACUAUGAUACGUCAACAAAUCGAACGAAGUCAUAGUUUAGAUAAUCACGAGUCAGCACAAAAUAUUAAUGAUACCACCUCUCAACGUUCAGAAGAAAUACGUCAAUUUAAUCGCAGCCGUUACCAUUCCACGGGUAGCAAUACGCCGUCGUCGUUUUCGUCAUCUGAGAAUAGUUCACCCGUAUAUGAGCGCUCAUCAAGUAGUCCAAGGAGAAUUAAUACAAAUAUAAAUUCCACGCAAUCAACUGCUGCCCAUUUAUCCCCGCCUGCAUGGAUACCGGAUCAAAAAGCUCCACGAUGCAUGUCUUGUAAUAUACCGUUUACUGCGUUCAGAAGACGACAUCACUGCCGUAAUUGUGGAGGUGUCUUUUGCGGCGUUUGUUCCAACACAUCAGCGCCUCUUCCCAAAUAUGGGCUAACUAAAGCUGUUCGCGUGUGCAGAUCAUGUUAUGUGCAUGAAGUAAAUUCUCAUUCACAUAACAAUCAAAAUUCUGGUUUUGUGGAUAAUACCAAUAAUGAAUCACGUCUGAGCCAUCAUUUGGCCAACACUAGGGCACGUGUUUAAUAGUCGGCGUAUUUGUAAGAAUAAUUUUAUUAUAUGGAAUGUGAAUGUGAAUGCCUCGUGUAUAUAUGACCAUAAUCCAUGUAGAUCUUUUUUUUUUUUUUUUUUACUUUUUAUUUACAGAUGGGA